AUGUCUGAAGUUGAUAACGUUGCUGACCAAGUCCAAAAGACUUACUUGGAUGAUGCCACGGGAGAGCAAGUUUCCAAAACUGAAUUGAAAAGAAGACAAAAGCAAAGAGCCAUUGAAGCCAAAAAGGCGUCAAAAGCACCUCCAGCUGCUGCACCAAAAGUAGCCAAGAAGAAAGAUGACAUGGCCGACUUGAACCCCAACCAGUUUUUUGAAAUUAGAUCCCGCCAGAUUGAAGAGUUGAGAGAAAAAAACAAUGUUGACCCUACUGCAUUCAACCCUUAUCCUCACAAAUUCCACGUCACCAAGAGAUUACCCGAGUUUGUCAAGGAAUAUGGCCAUUUGCAAAGAGGCGAAGUGUUGAGGGACGUGACUGUUCAAGUUUCUGGUAGAAUCAUGACCAAGAGAGAAGCAGGUGCCAAACUAAGAUUUUACGUUUUGAAAGGCGAUGGUAUCGAAGUGCAGAUCAUGGCUCAAGGUCAAGAUGCAGAAUCGGCUGAAAUUUACGAGAAGGAACACGAUAUUUUGAAGAGAGGUGAUAUAAUUGGUGUUGUUGGCCAUCCGGGAAGGACAGCACCGGCCAAAGGUGGCGAAGGUGAAUUAUCGGUUUUCGCAACCAAAGUGCAAUUGUUGACGCCAUGUUUGCACAUGUUGCCUACUGAACACUAUGGGUUCAAGGACCAAGAAGCGAGAUACAGAAAACGUUACUUGGACUUGAUCAUGAAUGAGUCAAGCAGGAACAUUUUCAGAACUAGAUCCAAGAUUAUACAGUACAUUAGAAAAUUCUUAGACGAGCGUGACUUUGUCGAGGUUGAAACUCCAAUUUUGAACGUUAUUGCCGGCGGUGCCACCGCCAAGCCUUUCACCACCCACCACAACGACCUCAACAUGGAAAUGUUUAUGAGAAUUGCCCCGGAAUUGUUUUUGAAAGAGUUGGUUGUUGGUGGUAUGGACCGAGUUUACGAGAUUGGUAGACAAUUUAGAAACGAAGGCAUCGAUAUGACACAUAACCCCGAGUUCACCACUUGUGAGUUUUAUCAAGCCUACGCUGACGUUUACGACUUGAUGGAUAUGACCGAGAUGAUGUUUUCCGAAAUGGUCAAGGAAAUCACCGGUGGCUACGUUUUGAAAUACCACCCAGAUGGCCCACAGGGAAAAGAGUUGACUUUGGAUUUCUCUAGGCCAUGGAAGAGAAUCAAUAUGAUUGAAGAGUUGGAGAAAGUGUACAAUGUCAAGUUCCCUCCUGGAGAAGAAUUGCACACUGCUGAAACUGGCGAGUUUUUGAAAAAAUUGUUGAAGGACAACAAGUUGGAGUGCUCGCCACCUUUGACCAAUGCUAGAAUGUUGGACAAAUUAGUGGGCGAAUUGGAGGAUGCUUCAAUCAACCCAACUUUUAUCUUUGGCCAUCCGCAAAUGAUGUCGCCGUUGGCUAAAAAGGAUAGAAAAAUCCCCGGUUUAUGUGAAAGAUUCGAAGUGUUUGUCGCCACCAAGGAAAUCGCCAAUGCCUAUACCGAGUUGAAUGAUCCAUUUGACCAAAGGGCAAGAUUCGAAGAGCAAGCAAGACAAAAGGCGCAAGGUGACGAUGAAGCUCAAAUGGUUGACGAAACGUUCUGUAACGCUUUGGAGUACGGUUUGCCUCCUACUGCAGGUUGGGGCUGUGGUAUUGACAGAUUGGCCAUGUUCUUGACCAACUCCAACACCAUUAGAGAAGUGUUGUUGUUCCCAACUUUGAAACCAGAUGCGUUGGUGUUGAAGGGAGAAGAAGCAGUCAAGGAAGCAGAACAGUAG